GUCACUCACCCGACACCCGAUGCUGAAAUUCUCCUGCGCCAGCGAAGGGGUCUACGCGCAGUGGACGAUGCGCGCACGCCGCACACAAUUUCUCAGCGCUCGGCUUCCUCCCUGUAGGCUUGUAGCUCCAUUUCCCCCGUCCCUAUGCCGUGAAUCUGGAGCCCUCCACUGACCCUUCACCUGGGUAGGUUCUGGGAGAGCAGCGCUCCCUGGGCCCAGACCCUGGAUCCAAGACAGCUCAGCUCCGGCCGAGGGCGAACCCCGGAGCUGGGCGUUAAGAAACCUGCGGGAACAGAUGGCCCCUCCUCCCAGGGGAGGGACCGAGGCUUCGACCCUGUUUCCUGGCACUCGGUACCUUGGAUCCCACAAGUUCCUCUGCCAGGCUGCUCUGCCUCUAGUCCUGCUCCGGGUGGUCAGAGGCUCCGCGGGUUCUCCACGCAGGUGACCUGCGCGCUCCGCUCUGCCAUGUCGUCCGGCAGCCGCGUGGCGCUGGUGACCGGGGCCAACAAGGGCAUCGGCUUGGCCAUCGUGCGGGACCUGUGCCGCCACUUCUCGGGGGACGUGGUGCUCACGGCGCGGGACCCGGCGCGGGGCCAGGCGGCCGUGCAGCAGCUGCAGGCCGAGGGCCUGAGCCCGCGCUUCCACCAGCUGGACAUCGACGACCCGCAGAGCAUCCGCGCCCUGCGCGACUUCCUGCGCAGGGAGUACGGGGGCCUGGACGUGCUGGUCAACAACGCGGGUAUAGUUUUUCAGCCUAGUGACCCCACGCCCUUCCAUGUUCAAGCGCACAUGACCAUGAAGACGAACUUUUUCGGCACCCGCGACGUCUGCACAGAGUUACUGCCUCUAGUGAGACCCCAAGGUGAGUGUGAUGGGAGCAGCACACCCCGUCUCUGCACCGGGAUGCUGCCCCUGCCUGCCUGGCUCUCCCUGCAGGCCCUGCUUCUCCCCACCCUGCAGGUGCACCCGGCUGCUCACUGUGUCCCCACCCUGCCCAGUGCAGUUUUCCGGCAGGACUUGGUGGUCACUUCUGUAGGGGCCUUUGGUGCUCUCUGUCCCUCUCGUCCUGCCUCACUUGGCUCCUUCUUAUCUCAGGA